UUAUAAAGUGACAUUCCAUCUAAGAUUGAACACAACUAGAAAUGGAGUCCUUGAUUAUCUUGAUAGCCGUCGUUGCCAUAACUUCGGCUACACCGACGUAUUAUCAAUAUCAUGGACCACCCGCGCCUAUAGGUCACGAUGGCAGAGUUACCGAUACACCGGAAGUAGCCCAUGCCAAAGCGGCGCAUCUCGCCGCCGUGGCGGAAGCUGCCGCGAAAGUUCCGUACGGUCUGGCUUCCUACGCGAAAAAUCCGGAUUAUUACGGAUAUUCGAAACCGGUAUCGGUCAGUCAUCAGAUGUAUCAUAGCGGACACGGAUAUCACGGACCACCCGCUCCGUUAGAUCACGAAGGUCGCGUGGUAGACACGCCGGAAGUGGCCCGAGCGAAAGCCGCACACUUGGCGGCUUACAAUCACAUAGCUUCCUCGGCACCUGUCGGCGAGAAUCAUCCCCAGAGUUAUGAUCAUCAUUAUUAUGGCGCUUCAUGCAUGAAGGUUCUCAUUGUUCUCUCCGCGCUCUGCGCCAUCGCGGUCGCAAACCCGAUUUAUCUAGCUUAUCACACCGGCGUGCCGCUCGGGCCUGACGGUAAAAUCCUAGACACUCCGGAGGUGGCACAGGCAAAGGCGGCGCAUCUCGCUACUCAGGCUUACGAGGCCGUCAGGAACACGCUCGGCUAUGCACCCGCCCUGGCCAUUUAUGCACCUGCAAUUACGUACGGCGCACCCAUCGGCGCGGACGGUCGGGUGAUAGACACACCUGAGGUGGCUCAGGCCAAGGCUGCCCAUCUCGCCGCUCACGCCCAAGAGGCUGUCAAAACGGUCGGACUUGCUCCAUACGGAGCUUUGGCAUACGCCGUUUCGCCUGUGUUAUACGGUUACGCUCCACUUGGAUCCGACGGCAGAGUGAUAGACACCCCCGAAGUGGCGCAAGCUAAGGCUGUACACUUUGCCGCUCACGCUCAGGAAACUGCCAGAAACGCUGCUCAACAAGUGUAAUUAUUAAAAACUUCGGCCACACCGCGCAUAUAUAUCGA